UGUGUGUGUGUAUGCGCGCGCCACCCGCUGCGCUCGCACGGGAAUAAACCGUAAGCAGCCCCAUAAUAAAGAGGCCACCGUGCAGAACAACAGUUGCAUGUUGUCAGCGUCUGCUGAGUGGACACAAAAACCGUUUCCUGUGCGCCCGGAGCUCCUCAAGGUGUACUUAGCAGAGCUGGAGUUGUGAAGUUGUGUCCUCAUUUGACUAAAAAUAACCUGGAAAACUUUUCCCCCCUCUGCCUCGUGAUGAUGAGAGCACCAUGAAGGCAGUUUCUCGCUGAAGGUUUCCCGGUGGAUCACUGAAGGUCUCUUUAGGCCGCAGCAUGCCAGCACCCCCUCCUCCCCCUCCGCCUCCACCAGCGCCACCUCCACCCCCACCGCCCCCCAGUGCUGCCUUGCCACAGUGUCCAUCUGAGCCUCCUAAGCUCCAAUCUGGAGGAGGUGCAGGAAGGAAUGCCCUGUUGGCCGACAUCCAGAAAGGAGCCAGGCUCAAAAAAGUCGCACAGGUCAACGACCGAAGUGCCCCUGCUGUUGACAAGCCAAAAACCUGCACCGGAGAUGCAUGGAGCGGUGUGGGAGUUUCUCAGACAGGCUCAUCUAUGGGACCGUCUUUGGGUGGACUGUUUGCUGGAGGGUUUCCCACUCUCAGACCUACAGGACAGAGAGAUGCAGCAGGAAAGACCCCAGUGUCUCGUUCCAGCUCGUCUCUGUCUCUGAAGCCGCAGUGGAACGCACCGGCGUCAGCAGACCAUGAACAUUACCGGACCCUGGAGCCCCGGAGCUCCGUCCACCGUGUGCUCGCGCCGUCGUCCUCGGCUCCUCCCUCCCCGUCUCACAGCCACAAGCACCCGCCUCCCUUCCUAGUGUCCUCUCCUCCUCUGCCUCCUCCUGCCCAUCCCUCUGUUCCUCCCCCACCUCCGCCACCUCAGGCCUUCCAGGACCGUCCAGCAAACAGGCCUCCUCCAGUCCCCUCCUGCCCUCCCCCUCCCCCUCCAUCCCAGGUCACCAAGCCCACCUGGCUUCCCAUCCAGCACUCCCAGCCCUCUGCUCCUCCUCCUCCUCCCUCCCCACCCCCCUCUGCCCCUCCACCUUCCAGUCCCUCUGCUGUCCCCGGGACCGCCUCCUCAGGUUGCUUCUACCCUCCCCCACUCCACACAUCCCCAGCUCUGGGACCUCCUCCACCGCCUCCUCCUCCCCCUCUGCCGGCAUCCUACACCCCCACCUGUCCGUCUUCUCUCCCUCCACCACCACCAAAGAUGCCCCCAGUGCCCUCCCCAGCCAUGCGCCCCCUGCCACCGUCAUACCCUUGCAACGCUCCCACUCGACGGCCUCCUGCUGUGCCCAGAAGUGCGGGUGCCAGUCGGCUGGCUCCUCCCCCAGCUCCUCCAGCACGUUCCCCCUCCACGGAAUUGUCCACGCGUAUUCCUCCGCCUCCACCACCUCCUCCCCUGCCCCCAUCCAGUCUCAGGAAUGGACACCUGCACAGUCUGGAUGAUUUUGAAUCCAAGUUCCAGUUUCACCCAGUGGAGGAUUUACCUCCGCCUGAAGAAUUCAAGUCUUUCCCUCGCAUCUACCCCAGCAAAGAACACAGAGUGAACUCCAAACCACCUGGGAUGAGGACACACCUCAGAUGAGUCAAAAGCCUGCUCGUCUUCCCCCACACAGCAAAACACACUCUGUGUUCUCCUCCUCCUCCUUCGUCCUCAUGACAACAGAAUAAUUCCUAUGGACCUUCUGGAUACAAGCUGAGCAUGUGUGUGUUUUUGUGUUUACUGUGUGUCUGUGUGUGUGUGUGUGUGUAUAGAGUGUCAAACAGAUUGUCCCCGCCUUAUACUGACUAUGUGACUUUUGACCUUUUCCAGUGUGGAAUGUUUUGAAUGCGUGUGAGGAGGAGGGCUCUCCCUACUCAUACUCAUAAACGACAUACGGACGGUUUGUGCAGCUAUUCUUCUGAGGACAUCUGCACUGACUCCCAUUCAUCUGGACGGCCUAAACAAAGCCCCGUCCCUAACCUUAACUAUAACCAGUUCACCUUAACCUAACCACAAAUUCAAUCUUCGCCCUAACCCUUAUUAACCACUUCCUCAGAAAUGAGGUUCUGCCUCACGAGGACCACGUUUAGGUCUCUAACCCUACACACCGACAACAGUGUUUUCCAGCAGCUAUAAUUAACAUGACUCCUGCCACAGUUAGUAACAGCUUCUACACAGGGGACAUUUUUUUCUCUCACGCUUGUCUCUCUUGAGAGAUAUACUGUCACGACAUAAACAGAAGUACUGUUAAAGUCAAGAGUUUGAACCACAAACAUUAGAAAACAAGAGUUUUCCGAGUUUUCCACCUCUUUGAAUGAGGUAAAUACGUGGUCCAGCAACGACAUCUGUACAAGAUGCUCCUUAUUCACAUUUGUAUAAAUACCUCACAACUUGCUUUGGUGCCUCAGCAGGUUUGUUUUCCACUUUUAGGGUUUGUAAAGAGCCAAUGAUUUAGCCUGAGUACACUGUCAGGCUUCAUGUGACAAUGAGACGAGAUGCAGGUCAACACACGCCACAAUUCACUCGCACAGCAGAGUACGCUAAACCGGGAUCUUCAUUUAGAAUUUCACUGAUACUGUCGUGUGGCUUUUCUCAUUUUUAUGUGAUUGUUUUUCUACGUACCAAAGCAAACUAUGACUGCAAACAGUGUGGAAAUACAUGGGUUUUAUACUUCA